AUGCAGAGCUCUAAGCAGUGCCCUAGCGUCGUGCUGUCCACAGACGAUGUUCGGUACGCCAUCAAGAGCAUCCACAACCCGGAUCAGAUCCCGUUACUAUUUGUCCCCGCACGCCUUGUCAUAGGCAAAUUGGAGUCCGCGACCUACUCCAUAGUUCUAUGCAACCCUGCAUCGCAGCUUGACGUCGCUACCGGCUGCUACGCCCGCAUCCUGUCUGGGCCUCUCGACCAGACCGUAUACUUCACCUGCGUCGAAGCCGACAUGACUGUGUCCUUGAAGUUCUUCUGGUAUGAAGCCCCCCCGACGAUUGUAUUCGCCUUCGCCAAAUCCGCGGAAUUCUUCGAAAUGGUGCGUCUCUUGGUCGAGGCUAAAGUUCACGCCGCGGCCGUCAAGGAGGCCUACGAGGUGAAGAUGGAAGCCCUCUACAAAGCUCACUGCUCGCCCCUCUCACCUUCUCCGGAAGCCGAAGCCCCUUUCCCUGACCCCGCUGAGCUCGAGCACGACACCAAGCCCGCAACUGCCAGUACGGCGAACGUGGGCAUAACCGCAGACGUUACCCUCUUGGACGUUUCGGAGGAGCCCCCGAUCAAGCUCGCCGAUAUCUGCGAGGGCGUGAACACGAGCGGCUCUCCAGUUGACACACCCGAUACUCCGUCAGCCGGUAGCACGAACUCCACGGUCGACGAUGCCAUCGAGGAGCCGUUCCUUCUCUCGUGCACUUUCGCGUUCGUAAAUUGA